AUGGCCUCUGAACUGGUCACCUCAGGAGUCAACCCCGAAAACCAAGAAACAGCCCCCGCAGACUCCAAGAUCGACCAUGCCGCUUCCAUCCGAUACUGGAACAGCGUCGCCGCCAACUCUAACACUAUGCUGGGCAUGUUGGGGAGUUACCCCUGGUAUACGCGCAUUGACCUACGCGGUUCGAAGAGCUUCCUGUCCAAAGUCCGUCGACUGGUACCGGGAUGCACAACGGAAGGAAAACUAAAGCUGGGAGUCGACUGCGGCGCUGGGGUGGGGCGUGUAACGGAGGGGCUGCUCAGCCAUGUAUGCGAGACAGUGGACGCAGUCGAGCCGGUCGAAAAGUUCACUCAGGUUAUACAUGGCAGCGCCCUGAAGCGGAGUGGCGUCGUGGGCGAUAUUUAUACUAUCGGUUUGGAGGGGUGGUAUCCGGAGAAGAAGUAUGACGUGAUCUGGACUCAAUUUUGCGUGGGACAUCUAACGGAUGCCCAGCUGGUUGACUAUUUUGUGAGGUGUCGUGAAUCUUUGACAGAAUCGGGAAUUGCGAUUGUCAAAGAGAACCAGUCGACUGAUCCCAACGGCAAUGAUAUGUAUGACGACGAGGAUAGUAGUGUGACGAGGACGGAUGAGAAGUUCAAAGAAAUCUUCAAGCAGGCUGGGUUGACUGUUAUCACAUCUGAAUUGCAGUUGGGGUUCCCGAAAAACUUCAAGCUCCUUCCUGUGAGGUUUUAUGCUUUGCGGCCGAAGAGUUGA